AUGAAUCCUAUGUCCAUGGACAGAGACGAACCGUCGUCUCUUUUAUCCGUAGCAACAAAUAACUCGUUAGAGCAAUUUGUCUUAUUAGCGAAGAGUGCAAAAGGUUCAGCAUGUGCCGAACUGAUCAAGCAAGUGCUGGAGGCACCUGGAGUUCAUGUGUUUGGAGAACUGUUGGAAAUGCCGAAUGUCAAAGAGCUUCAAAGUGGACCCUACGAAAAACACUUCCAGACACUCAACCUCUUUGCAUAUGGCAUGUAUAAAGACUACUUGGAAAAUAAGUCCAAUUAUCUAGAAUUAACACCAGCUCAAUGUAAAAAAUUGCAACAUUUAACAAUUGCUACACUGGCGACACAGGAAAAAUGUAUUCCAUAUAAUGUAUUGCUUAAGGAAUUAGAUAUUAAGAAUGUUAGAGAUCUAGAGGAUUUGAUAAUAGAAGCAAUUUAUGCAGAUAUCAUCCAUGGUAAAUUAGACCAAGAAUGCAAAAGAGUAGAAGUCGAUGUUGCUUUAGGUCGUGAUGCCCGAUUGGAAGAUGCUGCUGACAUCGCUGAUGUUCUUGCCAGUUGGUGCAACGCUUGUGAGGCAGUGCUUAUAUCUGUGGACCGUCAUAUUGUAAGGGCUAAUAAUCACAAGCAACGGGCGAUAAGACACCAACAAGGCAUUGAUCAAGAGAUUAUGUACAUAAAGAAAACAUUGAAAACGCAAGCAGAGAAUGAUGAGUCGGCUCCAGGCGGGGGCAGCGAGUCCCAUUCGGCACCAAAGAAGAAUUCGGGGAAGGGGAAAACACCAAGAAAUUCAGCAAAAUUUUGGCAAAAGACAACAUAA